AUGCAACUUGUUAGUGUUGUAAUCAACACAUUCUUGAUUUCAAUCCAACUUCUCUCAUUGUUGUUACAUUUCGGGAUAGCGAAAGGAACUCCUAUACUUGGGCUCGAACAAAAUGUCACAAGUAAUUCAACUUAUUCGCCAUGGCUCAGAUUAGUAAAGAAUCAACGAGCAAUUGGGUGUUGGAAGCGGCCAUGGAUUUGCAACGAGGGAGAGUCUCCGAUUAGAAUCAAAAGGAUUUGUUGUAGAAAUCGAUGCGUGGACGUAACAUCUGAUGUUAACAACUGUGGGAUGUGUGGGAUUAGGUGUCCAUUCAAUUGGCAAUGCUGUCGAGGCCUAUGCAUAGAUAUAAAUAUCAAUCCAUUCCAUUGUGGGGGUUGUGAGCAUAAAUGUCGAUUCCCUAGCCUUUGCUUCUUUGGAAUGUGUGGAUAUGCUCAACCAUUGCCCCCUUUUCCUUUUCCUCCGCGUCCACCAUUUCCCCCCAGACCACCCUUUCCCCCAAGGCCUUUUCCUCCAAGACCCUUUCCCCCGAAGCCUUUUCCUCCGAUACCUUUUCCGCCGAAGCCCUUUCCUCCGAGACCUUUUCCGCCGAAGCCCUAUCCUCCUAAGCCAUUUCCACCAAGGCCAUGGCCUAAACCUCCAAGAGGCAGUCAGCCUCCACCGGAGGCUUGA